UAAACAGCGAGACUUUCUACCUUUCGAACCAGGGGACAGAAACUAACACUGUACUGAAUAAUAGCGGACAGACGGAGAGUUAUUCAAAUAUAGAUUUAAACUCCCCACACACAAGUCCUCAACAGAUCCUUCGCUCGCAAGUGAUACCCCAGGAUGAUUCUGCAGCACUUAUCCCAGCUCUAUCCCCUCCUGCGCGCGGCUGUCUCCCUGCAGCUACGCAGGAACUUGGGGCUGACGGCUGUCGCCUUUAACAAGGCAAAGGAGCUGGACCCCGUGCAGAAGCUCUUUGUCGAGAAGCUCAGAGAGUACACCACCAAGAGCAAGAGUGCUGGAGGAGUUGUGGAUGCUGGCCCAGAGUACCAGAGGAACGUGAAUGAUGAGCUGACCAAACUGCAGAGGCUGUACGGUGGCGGGGACCUCACCAAAUUUCCAGACUUCAAAUUUGUUGAGCCCAAGUUAGAAGAAGUGACCUCCAAGUAAUUUCCUGCUCUGCUCCCUGCAAUGUUGGUGUCCCUUGUCUUUCUUUUCAUGUUACUGGAUACUUCGGUAGUUAUUUAAUAAAUAACUUUGUUAAUGUA